UGCUCGUGAAAUACAAGAAUUAUGGAAUAAGGAAAAAAAUCAAACUGUCUCUAUUUUUACAAUACGUCAUGCUUUGAAAAAAACUGGUCUUCGUUUAUGUGUUGCUCAUGAGUCUUUUUUUAGACAAUUUUCGUCAAGUCAUAAUAUCAGAGUUUGGCGUAUUCCUGCUGAAGAAUUUGAUGAAUUAUUAGGAUCAAUUAUUCCUAUUCAUGGCCAUAUAACUGGUAAAGUAUACACACAACUUAUGAGAAAAUAUGGUAUCUCUGCUAUACAUCAACUAGUUUCUAAUGGAAAAGAUAUUUUUCAACAAGAUAAUAUGCUCUCUUACAAAUCCAGAAAAGCUAUAGAUUUUUUUGAUAAUACUGGUAUUUCCAUCUUACCUUGGCCACUGCAAAGCCCAGACUUAAACCCAUUAGAGAACCUUUAG